UUCCAGAACGAAAUGCGGGAUUUCUGGUUCGAGAAAACGCUCCUGAUACGCGGAGACCAUGCAGAGCAAGGAGGUAGCAGGAAGUAAACUGAUACUUACCUCGUUCUAUUCAUUUUCUACUUUAUCGACUCUCAAUGACGGCGCUGUAGAUAAUUAUAACGUUUGAUUAUUUACGGCGCCGUCAUCGAGAGUCGGUAAAGUAGAAAGUGAUUCAAACGGGAUAAGUAGUAUUUUACUUCCUUAUACCUCUUUGCUCCGCAUGAUCCCCGCGUAUCAGGAGCGAUUUCUCGAGCCCUAAAUCUCGGAUUUCUUUCCGGAUUCUAACCUCAACCUUAGUGCUUAAUAUCUCGAUUCUCGGGGUAGAUCGACAGUUUUUUCGGUUUUUUCUAUCAGAUUCGUUCGUUUCGUGUGAAAACGCGUUGAAUUAGUCUAAUUUCGUCACAAUCGGAGAUGCUGGGAUAUUUUGAAUAGUUACAUUAACCAUUACCUUUUCAACUUUCAUUUUUUAAGUUCUAAGAAAUAAUCUAAAAAUUAAGGCCGUCAAAGCGUUAAAGCAAACGAUCGAUUUGGUCGAUCAAAUUUGUUGUCAAUCUGCUAGCAGUUUGCUUGAAAGAUGCAUAUGCCGAACUUAUUUUUAUAUUUCUUAUUGAUCCUGCAGAAAAUAACAAAAUUGAACAUUAUUCAAGUUAAAUGAUAUUCUUUCUAAAUUAAAUUUGUGCUAUGCAUCGUAUAUCAAAGUCAUCAACUUAUACAUAGAUUGAAAGUGCAGUAUGUAUCAAUCGUUAUAUAGACCAAUGUCGACAGCGGAUUCUGAGGUAAUCGAAUAUUUCUUUGCUUUUAAACAUGUCUGGAUGAAAGUGGCCCAUUUUCCGACCUCCAUCUAUAUACUCUGAUUAGAGUACAGGGACAGAUUGUAAGGGACGGAUUGACGAAUGCUGGAGAUGAAGUCCCGAAACCAGCUCUUCCGCUGGAAGACGUUAAGAUUGUAGAUGUCGAUUGAGGUGGAGGUAUAUCGGCUGAGCGUCUAGCAAGAAGAGGCGCGCGAGUGACUGGAACAGAUGCAUCGACGAAAUUAAUUAAUGUUGCUAAAGAGCAUGCGAAAUUGGAUCCCGAUGUAUUGGAGAGACUGAACUACAUUCAUACAAUCAUAGAAGAUUUUUCCCAAAAAAGACGAGUUAUACGAUGCUGUUGUGGCUUUUAAGAUUUUGGAGUGGAUGUAAAAGAUCCACAAUUAUUUUUAAAGGCACAGUAUAUUGUAACAAGAAUCAAUAUAUUGAAUAUAAAUAUUAUUUUAAAAGCGCUUUUAAAUAUGAAUACGGAAUUAAAUCUUUUACAAAUAUUCUUUAUAGAAUUGCGUGAAAAUUUUAAAACCUGGUGAAUCACUUUUUAUAACUAUGAAAAACAGAAUCCUAGCUUCUUGGUUGGUUGUGAUUGUAGCAGAAUACAUUUUCGGAAGAAUACCACCUGUCGGCACUCACAAAUGAAGUAAAUUCAUCGCUCCUUAUGAAUUUCAACGUAUAGGAUGAUUCGGAUAUCACGGUUGUGGAAUGGUUCCAAUGGCUUACUCACGGGUAAGCAUGCCGAACAGAAAAUGAUAUCCAUUUUGAGGAACAGGUUCCCAUCAGCUCAACUGAUUAAAGUUGCUCUUGUAUCAGGCAGAUGCAGUGCCAUGCUUGACAUAAAUGUUGUUGCCCCAGAAUUCAAGGGACUGAAUACCAUGAAGCAACAUCAAAUUAUUAAUGAGGUUCCUAAGGAAGAUAUCAAAGACAUUCAUGGCCUCUGAAUACGUACGAUUAUCCCGUAGACGUGAAUUUUAUUUUUUGGACGAUUGUUAAAUUAAUUUUAUAGAGGAAAUAUGUUAAUAUACUGAUUUUAUUGAAUCUAACGAUGGACAUCCGAUUCCCUCUUUCAAAAGUUUUGGUCAGGAUUUUCGUAACUGUCUGGAAUAAUUUAGAAUUUCUAGAUUUUCUUCCCAUAUUCAAAAUAAUUGGCUGUAAAACGUGUUUAUUAUUGGAACGCUAUAUUUAAAAUUUGGAGAUGUUAUAUAUAUAUAUAUAUAUAUAUAUAUAUUUUAUAAGUUGUAAAUUUAAACAAUGAUAUAUGUGACAUAUGGUUUAAGGAAUAUAUUUCUUACACCAUGAUAUGUGGUAAAAAUAGAUUUAUAAAAAAUAUAAGUGAAAUAAGAGUAAUAUUGGAAUAAUUAAGGAAA